AUGGCAAAUACCCAAAAUUACUUAACCGAAGUAAAAUACCAAACAAACAUUGACCAUUCGUCAAUACCAUCGGAUCCUCCACCGCCGUUUUCUGGAUCUGGUCCAACACAAUUUCAGUCCUCACAACCACAACAAGUUUUCUCCAAUCAACCCUUACAACAACAAGUUUCUCCUGUUCAGUCCUCAAUGCCACAACCUUACUCCUAUCAAUCCGAACCUCAACAAUUUUACCCCAAUCAAUAUCCACAAGGACAGCAACAAUACGUCCAGCAGGUUAAUCAAGCUCAAUAUUCACAAAAGCAACAACCACAACUCCCUCAAUCCACGUAUCAACAAGCAAACACGGGAUUUUCUCCGACUGAGCAACAGACGAGAGGCAUUCCAAACCAACAACAGACAAGCGCUUUACCUCAAGAACAAGUCGUUUACGUAGUGCAACCACCACCUCCUCCCGUGAUGGUAAUGAAUCCGAAUCAAGGAUAUAUUAACAUUUCUUCUCAUGUGCCAGUGAGAGUAACUUGUCCGCAUUGCAAUAAUAGCGUAGUUACGGUUGUAACCGAAGAUCUUGGAUCAACUGCAUGGAUUCUUGCUAUAAUUUUAUGCUUAGUAUUUUGGCCGCUUGUUUGGAUACCUUGUGUUCUAUCUAAUUUUAAGGAUAAAACUCAUACUUGUCCAAAUUGUAGAACUGUUUUGGGUGUUGUUAAAGCUUAA